GUUAGCCGCUCACUGGUCAUUUAUCCUUCCACCAUCCAUCAUCCUUUUUCCUCUUCCUCAUUCCAUCGCUCUCUUCACUCUUCUCCAAAGGAAAUCCUUUCGGAAUAUUUCACUACACAUGUAUCUAUAUAUAUAUAUUAUAUAUGCGUAUAGUAUUUAUCUAGACACACACAGACAUACAAACACAUACACAGAUACACAGCGACACACACACAUACACAUACAUACAUAUAUAUAUAUACACACACACACACACACACACACACACAUACACACCAUAGAUACACAAACACAGCAGUUGCAUUACAUAGACAAGCUCCUCAAACAUUGUUAUUGAUUAAAUUUUUGCAAAGUGGGCGUUAAAUUUAGAAUUAACUAAGAAGCGAAG